GCCAACAUGUCCACCGUACGUGUAGACGGUGUUUACAUCAUAUUCUUUCUGCUUUUUUCACAUCAAGUCAUUUCCCAAAAUGAAGGACUUAGUAAUGCUAAUCAACAACAAGAGGGGCAAAGUGCUAAAGAAACUUACGGCCAAUUUCCACUCCUCCUGAAUGAGGAAUUCCUCGCACAGGUGAUCCAGGGUUUACUAGGUGUAGCUUCUUUAAAUCAAACCGAUCAAACCGACCGCACAGAAACGCAGGUGAUGGAGAUGUUUAUGUCUUUAUUUAACAUGUCGAAUACCUGCGAGAAGGAUAUUUACACGAUGGUGACUGAUUCCAGUGCUGGCAGAGAAUACGCAAAGCGGAUGUUAACAGCUGCAGGAAGUCGACCUAGUGCCGCAGCCGAAUUUACCGGGAAUCUAGCAUCGUUUGGCCUGUACCAGCAAUGUGUUGCUGUCAAGAAGGGCUCUUACGACGGAGCGCCAUUCGAUGCCAAAUACUGUCAGAUUGGCUUUCCAUGGAAAGGAGAGGCACAGGCUAGCGCAGGAGAGUGUGCACCACAGUCGUGUUCUAGUACAGAAUUGACAGCACUUAUCUAUCGAAUUUUGGCAGUGGUUUCCCCUCUACCCGAGGAUGCGUACGUUCAUUUCUUUUGUGAGGAGGAGGUGGGAUGGGAUGCCGACGCCAUUGUUACAGUGUUUCUUUGCUGCGCGUUUCUGCUGUGCGUCGUUAUGGCCACCGCCUAUGACAUUUUCAGCUUGCAUAAAGAACAGAAAAGUAAAGAGGAAGGUAACGUUAGGAUCCAGUUGGAGGGAGGCGAAGCGACUCCAGAAGAAACAAGCGCUUUGAAUGAUGACACUGAGGUUAAGGAAGGGAAUGAUGGUCAAAAUGAAGUCGCAAUAGCUGAAGAAAACAAUGAAGAACAACCGACAGAACACAGAAAAUAGAAAGGCCUAGACAUUGCAGGUCUCGUGCGUGCAUUUUCACUUGUGCAAAAUGCGCCGAAGAUUUUUAACACAGAAGUCCGGCCUGGCUCUUUUCCCGCCCUUAACGGUAUUCGUGUGCUUAGUAUGUU